UUUUACUUUCAACUUGAAAAGGUGUUUGCAUUUAUGGGAACAUAAUGGAAAUUGAUUUUAAUAAAAUGUUUAAUAUAAUGAUAUUUGCAAUGCGGGUGAAUAGAUCGCAUCCGGAUAUAGCGAGAGAUAGGAAAUGGGCUCUGCAAUUUAUUUGUGUUCACGGAAUAUUUUUUAUAAUGUUCUGCGCUUUGGUUUACAGCAUUAUCUUUUAUGAUAUAAAAAGCAAAGACUUCACUCAGGCAUGUUCGAAUGGCGCUAUAUGCAUUGUAUUCAUUGUAGUCACGUUUAAAUAUUGCGUUAUGUUGUACUAUCAAAAUUUAUUCAAAGAUAUGAUACAAAUAAUGAAAAAUGAUUACAAAUUAUCAACCGAAUUACCAUUAGAAGAGCAACAAAUCGUAUUACAUUUUGCUUUAAAAGGCAAAGGAGUUAUGAAACUAUGGCUUAUAAUAUCCAUUUGUACAGCUUGUCUUUUUCCAGUAAAAGCUAUAGUUUUAAUGAUUUAUUACAAGAUGAUAGGCGAUUUCAAAUUCGUUCUACUUUAUGAUUUGACGUAUCCAGCAGGAUUAGAAGAGCACAAAAAUGAAUUGGGAACAUUCGCUUUUCUAUACAUAGCAUUCUUUUUUUAUGAUUUCUAUUCAAUGCUAAUGUACAUAGCAUUUGCACCUUUGGGACCUAUAUUUAUGCUUCAUGUAUGUGGUCAGUUAGAACUUGUAAAGAACAGAGUAUUAAUGAUCUAUCAUAAUAAUUCAUUUGAUAAUGAGAAAGUUUUGAAUAAUUUGAAAGAUGUUAUAGUACAUUUGCAGAAAAUUUAUAGUUUCGUAGACGGUUUAAAGUCAAGCUUAAAAGUAUUGUACGAAAUGACAUUGAAAGCUACAAUUUUAAUACUUCCUAUAACAUUUUUUUUGGUAAUACAGUCUUUUAAAAAUGGUGAAGUUAGUUUGGAAUUUAUAACGAUAAUAAUUGGGGCUAUAACGUUAAGCGGCAUUCCUUGCUACUAUAGCGAUUUAUUAAUGGAAACUGGCGAAAGUGUGCGUUUAGCUAUCUACUCCUCUAAAUGGGAAAUGUACUGGGAUAGACGAGUCCGUUCAUUACUUCUCAUAGCGCUAGUGAGGACAGAGAGACCCGUGGCCAUUCGCUCUAUGUUCAGACCAUUGUGUCUUGAUGCACUCACUGAUGUUUUUCAUCAGUCAUACGCGAUAUUUAACUUAAUGAAUGCUGCAUGGAAUUAAAAAAAAUGCACUAGUAACG